AUGCUCCCCACGCCGGACACAUCGCACGUCCCCUUCGAACGGGUCUACGAGCCGGCAGAGGACUCUUACCUCCUCCUGGACACGCUCUCCGCCCCCUCCGAGACAGAGUUCCUCACCUCCCGCUUCGGCGCUUCGUCGCUGCCCACGCCAGCAGCGCCCCUCGUCGUCGAAAUCGGCACCGGCUCCGGCGUCGUGAUCGCCUUCAUCGCUGCGCAUGCCCGCACCCUCUUCGGCACCGCUUGCGUGCUCACAUUGGGCGUCGACCUCAACGGGCACGCCUGCAAGGCCACGGACUGCACCGUCCUCCGCGCUCGCGCCGAGAACCCGACCACCUCCUCGCCGGCCUGGCUCGGUGCCGCGAUGGGCGACCUCACGGCCCCGCUGAGGGAGCGGAGCGUUGACGUGCUGAUCUUCAACCCGCCCUACGUUCCAUCCCCCGAACUCCCUGCACAGGCGUCCGCCGCGCUGGUCGCGAACGGCGAGAAGACGACGUUUGAUGAGGACUCGUACUUGCUUUCGCUGUCGUAUGCCGGCGGGCGGGACGGGAUGGAGACUACGGACAGGCUGAUCGAGACGAUGCCAAGGGUGUUGUCGGAGAGGGGAUGUGCCUACAUCUUGUUGUGCGCCCAGAACAGACCGGAGGAGGUCAAGGCCCGAAUCGAGGCGUUCGGGGCUGGGUGGAGGGCUGUCACGGUGGGGGAGAGCGGGAAGAAGGCUGGAUGGGAGAAGUUGCAGAUCAUCAGGGUGUGGAGGGAUGAAAGGCGGCACGAUCCAUAA